AUGUCUGUGUGUCUCGCAGUAACAAAAGGAAUCGCUGUCUCCUCUUUGGGAUUAUACGCAGGUCUUCUAACAUCUUCCACCUUAAUUUCAUCAACUACACCUCUAAUAACAAACACUUUACCCACUGACCUUUUGAAUUGGAAACCUUUAUUAUCAAAAUUCAAAGCAUGUGCUACUACAUUAGGUUCCCUGGCAACCACGUUUUUCGGAUUAAGUUAUUUCGGCUCGCCAACAAAUUUGAGACAUCCAUACCUAUUAUAUAGUAUGAUGAUUAGCCCCCUCUCAGGUAUAUUCCUUUAUCUAACUACAGAUUUUAAUCAAUUAAGUGAUGACAUGAUUGAAAAGUCUCCUUCUUCUUCAUCAAUUGAAUCAACAACGAGCGCACAAGAAAAAACCAAUUUGGGAGAAUCAAUAGUUGAUUUAGGUAAAGAAAAUGAACGUAGAGGAAGUGAAGGUAAACCAUUAUUAGAGAAAAAAGAACACAGAGAAAAAAUCGUUGAAGAUACUAAUAGAAAUGUCAUUCUUUCUAAUCAAACAAAAAUCCUUACCAAAUUGUCUAUUGCAACAAGUUUUGCUAUCGUGGGAUUUGUACAAUCUGUUGUCGGUAUUUACGGUGAAGGUCAAUUUACUUGA